GACUAUAAAUAAUGGGUCCCAACACACCUAGAAUCAACUUUCAGUUCGUCUUGUUGGGAACCGGUCAAAGACAACUAACAGGAUGAGGGCUGUACUGAUUCUUUCCGUUAUUAUUGCUGCUGCUGUGGCAUGCCCAGUAAAAAACAAUGAUUGCUCUAUCAGUUUGCCUAAAAUAUGUCCUUCUGAAUGGAAAAUUAAGACAUUUGAAUCCCAAUGCGCAACAUUAGCAUUCCAAGGAACAUGGAACGUACAAAUGACAACACCAAUAUACAUAGAUGACCAAAACCCAUUAAAAACCGGGCUGUUUUGCAACAGUUAUCCCUGUACUCACAAUCAAUUGAUAUUCAAGGAUACCACACCAUGUGAUGAUACAGAUUAUAACAUUGAAUACGAAAUGAUUGAUUCAUCAUACAAUCUCUACACACAGAAUACAGAAAUCCAAAAGGCGUUAUUAUGCCCAGCAUAUGGCAAAUCUAGCCCAUAUGCAAUCUUUAACGUCGGCUGUGAAAGAUAUUAUAAAAACCCAAUUGUUGAACAACAUCCAUUCUUUGACGAUAAAUUAUUCAGACACAAGAUCGGCAAGGAUAACUGUGAAAGAGAAUACACAGUCGCUGUCAUCGGUGCUGAUGACUGCUGGAAAGAAUAUAUGGUAUUAGCUGUUAUGAACCAGUAUAAAAACUUCUUUGGUGGAAAUAAGUAUAUCAUCUGGGUAGUAACAAGAGAAGUUAACCCUGAUUGGAGUACUUAUAAGAAAGCUUAUGAUGACAUUAAGGCAAGUGGUCUGUCCCCUAACUAUUUGGUAAGUGUUGAUCAUUCGAUAGUACCAACUUCAGUACCUUCACUGGGGGUACCUUCACUGACGGCACCUUCAUUGACGGCACCUUCACUGACGGCACCUUCACUAACGGCACCUUCACUGACGGUACCUUCAUUGUCACCAAUUACAACUGGUGAUAUCAAUGACGUGGUGGGACAAACUUCCGUAUCUUCAACGUCAUCAUCAACGAAAUCAAUCGUUAGUGACGGCAGUAGUUUUUCUUCAACUUCAACAUCUAGUUCAACAACAACAACAACUACGGAAUCGACUGUGAUAAUUGAGAAGAGCACAGAGUUCACUAGCCUGUAUCAAGUCGCGCCAUGUGAUUUGUACAACACAUACAAGGGCAUCCAAAUCUUAAAGGGCCUGGAUAAUAUAACAAUUAGAAAAGCUUUGUCUGGAAGAUAUUUCAUGCAAAAUGCUGUGCCAUGUUCGUUCUACGAUUACCUUGAUGCAAAACCCGGUUUUUUAAAUACGGCGUUCCCUUCUUGUUCAAUGGAAAUAAAUUUUGAUGAUGUAUCAAUGGAAAAAUGGAAUUUCAAUACUCGUUAUAUGGUGUUGGAGCGUGGUUACAAUAUGAUAACUUCUAAAGUGCAACAGACGAGAAGCUAUAUUUCAUCAUUUUAUGAUGAAGACAAUCCAUUUGGUUUCUCCGUUUUUGCACUCUAUACUGAAGGAUAUUAUGAUAAACCUGUUGUGGAAAAAAAUUGCCUAUCAAUUGAUGGAAUGAUUUGCGAACAGCCAUCAGAUAUAUACAAUACCCAAAUCGUAGCAAGUAUUAUAGGGUACAAAGAAGAUGAUUACUUAAUAUUCUGCGUUGCAAACCAGUACGAUAACCCGUUGAUAACAAAUAAGGAAGUACCUCUGGUCUAUUCUUACACCAGAGAUAGAAUUCCAAGUCUAACUACUAUGAAUAGUAUCACCCAAGAAAUCUUGCGUUGUGGAAUUAACCCAAAUUACAUGAUCAAAAUUGAUCAUUCGAAAACAAUUGAUGAUUUAUAUACAUUUGAUGAAUCGUAUUUUAAAUCAACAAUUACCAGUACUUCUAUGACUAAAAGUAUGGUUUCUACACGUGGAAUCAGCAUUGGAAAUGAUUCCCCUAUAACUGAACUACCUUCAAUAUGUCCAAAGGACUGGGACGUUAAAACUUUUGACAGUCAAUACGCUACUAUUGCAUUCCAAGGAACAUGGAAUCUACAAAUGGCUACACCAACAUACAUAAAUGGAAAUAAUCCAUUAAAAACCGGACUCUUCUGCAACAGUUAUCCUUGCACCAAUAAUCAACUGAUAUUCAAGGAUACCACACCAUGUGAUGAUACCGAUUAUAACACUGAAUACGAAAUGAUUGAUUCAUCAUACAAUAUCUAUACCCAGUGUACAGAAACCCAAAAAGCAUUAUUAUGCCCAGCAUAUGGCUGUUCUAGCCCAUAUGCAAUCUUUAACGUCGGUUCUGAAAAAUAUUAUGAUACCGCAAUUACUGAAAAAUAUCCAUUUAUUGACAAGAAGUUAUUCAGGCAUAAGAUCGGCAAGGGUACCUGUCAGAGAGAAUACACAAUCGCUGUCAUCGGUGCUGAUGACUGCUGGGAAGAGUAUAUGACGAUAGUUGUUAUCAACCAGUAUGAAAACUUCUUUAGCGGAAAUAAGUAUAUCAUCUGGGUAGUAACAAGAGAUGAAAACCCUGAUUGGAGUACUUAUAAGAAAGUAUACGAAGAUAUUGAGAGAAGUGGUCUGUCCCCUUACUAUUUGGUAAGUGUUGAUCAUUCGAUAGUACCAACUUCAGUACCUUCACUGGGGGUACCUUCACUGACGGUACCUUCAUUGUCACCAAUUACAACUGGUGAUAUCAAUGACGUGGUGGAACAUACUUCCGUAUCUUCAACGUCAUCAUCAACGAAAUCAAUCGUUAGUGACUGCAGUAGUUCUUCUUCAACUUCAAAAUCUAGUUCAACAACAACAACUAUGAAAUCGACUGUGAUAAUUGAGAAGAGCACAGAGUUCACUAGCUUGUAUCAAUACGCACCAUGUGAUUUAUACCAGGGUAUCCAAAUCUUAAAUGGCCUGGAUAAUAUAUCAAUUAGAAAGGCUUUCUCUGGAGUUUAUUUCAUGCAAGAAGCUACACCUUGUUCAUAUUACGGCAGCAAGUAUUCGAGGGUCGGUUUCAUGAAUACGGCGUUCCCUGCAUGUUCAUUACAACUGUGUUUUGAUACUGUAUCAAUGGAAAAAUGGAAUCCCAAAAUUCCUCACAUGGUGAUGGAUCGUGGUUACAAUAUGAUAACUUCCGAAUUACAAGAGACGAGAAGUUAUAUCUCAUCAUGUUAUCCUGAAGACCAUCCACUUAGUACAUCCGUUUUUGCAUUCUAUACUGAAGGAUAUUAUGAUAAACCUCUUGUGGAAAAAGAUUGUCUACCAGUUGAUGGAAUGAUUUGUAAACCGCCAUCAGAUAUAUACAAUACCCAAAUCAUAGCAAGUAUUAUCGGGUACAAAGAAGACGAUUACUUAAUAUUCUGCGUUGCAAACGAUUUCAACAACCCGUUCUUUAGUACAGAAAAAGUAUACCAAGUCUAUGCUUAUACGAGGGACAGAAUUCCAAGCCUGGAUACUAUGAAAUCUAUUACUCAAUCAUUAUUGUACAGUGGUUACAAUCCAAAUCACAUGAUCAAAAUAGAUCAAUCUAAAACUAUAGAUGGAGAUUACGUAUUUGAUACCUCAUAUUUCGAAUCGCACACUUCAUGUUGGAGCAGUAGUAGCAGUAGUAGUAGCCAUUCAAGUAGUUCAUCUACUCAUUCAUCUUCGAGUUCGUCUAUUAGCAUUACGUGUGAUUAAUUCAUUUAAAACAAUAUUAUAUAAAAUGUCAUUACAGUCAAUUUAAUAAAUAAAUACAAAUAUCAUGCAUUAUUA